GAGCUGACCCAUUUGUUCCACGCAAGCAGUUGAGACUUGCCAGUUUUGAUGUGGAUUUUGUUUUGGCUUUAAUUUCUCUGCGCCUCCCUGGGCCUGAACUGAUUUUUUUAUUUAUUUUUUAUUUUUUUUAACUUCCCCAGGCUGCCCGGAGCAAGCUGGUAUGCUGUGGAAAAAGCAGGGAUAAGAGUGCAGGGAUAAGACAAGGGCCAGAGGAGGAGACCACUGUGUAGGAGCAGAAGAGUGGUCUGGAAGGAACUCUCUACAUACGAGUCAACUUUAUGGCUAUAUUCAGCUCUGAAGGACGUUAAGGGGGCUCUGUGUAUGUGCUUAAAAAGCCAGACAUGUUUCCAUCCACUGUCCUGAAAGUGGGACAUGGAGUGCGUAGAUACUGGGAUGGUCCACGAGCCAUUGCAACUGUCAUCUCAGGCAACAAGACCUCACAACAGGUGAGGGAGCAGCUGAAAAAGGAGGUGGCAGAAAUGAAGAGUCAGCUUCCUGGCUUUAGACCAGGCCUGGUGGUGCUACAGGUUGGAGACAGAGAAGACUCGAACCUCUACAUUAGUAUGAAGCUAAAGGCAGCAGCUCAGAUUGGACUUAAUGCCAAACACAUUAGGCUUCCUAAAACGGCCACAGAAGAUGAGGUUCUGCGAAAUAUAGCAGCAGUUAAUGAGAAUCCUGAAGCCCAUGGUCUCAUUGUCCAGUUACCUCUGGAUUCUGUCCAUCCCAUAGACACAGAGAAAGUGACCAAUGCCGUGACUCCUGAGAAGGAUGUGGAUGGCCUGAGCAGUGUAAACGCAGGGAGACUGGCUCGAGGAGACCUGCAGGACUGCUUCAUCCCCUGCACCCCCAAUGGCUGCAUGAAGCUCAUCAGGCAGACUGGUGUGUCUGUGGCUGGCAGGAAUGCGGUUGUGAUUGGCCGCAGUAAGAUUGUCGGAGCACCCAUGCAUGAUCUCCUCCUGUGGAACCAUGCCACCGUGACCUGCUGCCACUCCAAGACUCCAGACCUGGCAGCACAUGUGGGCGGGGCGGACAUCCUUGUAGUGGGUGCUGGCAAGGCAGAGAUGGUGAAAGGCGAUUGGAUAAAAGAGGGUGCAGUGGUCAUUGACUGUGGCAUUAAUUACAUUCCAGACAGCAGCAGGCCUGGGGGAAAACGGGUGGUGGGGGAUGUUCACUACCCAUCGGCUAAAGAGCGGGCCAAGUACAUUACCCCUGUCCCUGGAGGAGUGGGGCCCAUGACUGUAGCCAUGCUGAUGGAGAAUACAGUUAAGAGCGCUCAGCGAUUUCUACAGAACUAUAGGCCUGGGAAUUGGAGCAUAUCCUACAAAAGGGUGAAAUCACAGAAACCUCAGCCAAGUGAUGCCCAAAUAUCUCACUCAUGCCCUGGAAAACCAAUUGGCCAGCUUGCCAAAGAAGUGGGCCUGUUCCCAAAGGAGGUGGAGCCAUAUGGCGCAAGCAGGGCCAAGGUGAGACUGGAUGUCCUCAACCGUCUGAACAAACAGCCUGAUGGGAAAUAUGUGGUGGUCACUGGGAUUACACCCACUCCACUGGGUGAGGGCCACAGCACCGUUGUGCUCGGGUUGGCACAGGCUUUAGGGGCUCACUUGAACGUCAGUGCUUUUGCCUGUGUGGGACAACCCUCUCCACCAUCCAGCUUUGGUAGCAGAGGUGGUGCUGUUGGAGGUGGCUAUUCUCAGAUCAUACCCAUAGAAGAGGUCAUUCUUCAGCCCUUAGGAGACACUCAUGCUGUUUCUACAGCCAGCAGCUUGGUAUUAGACACCAUCUCAGCAUACUCCCACUACCAGAGCAAAUACUCUGAGAAGGUUUUAUAUGACCUCUUGGUGCCACCUGUGGGUCAUCGGACCUUCUCACCUUCUCAGCUUAAGAGGCUGCAGAAACUUGACAUUGUGAAAUCUGAUCCCUCAACCCUGACACAGGAAGAGAUUAGACGUUUUGUUCAAUUGGACAUUAACCUGAAAACCAAGAUGGUGUGUGUCAGCAAUGAAGAUCGUGCCUUUCUGGAGAAUGAGAUCAUGGCUGUGCUGUCUCUGAGCACCAGUCCACGAGACCUGCAGCAUAGGUUGGCCAAGAUGGUGGUGGCUGCCAGCCAAUCAGGAGAGCUGGUCACCACUGAGGACCUGGGUGUGAGUGCUGUCUUGGCACUGCUGCUGAACAAUGCCCUGAAGCCAUGCCUGAUGCAGACUUUGGAAGGGACCCCAGCAUUUGUUCACAUAGCCCAUGACAGCCCUUCUGUCAUGGCAGAUAAAAUAGCUCUAAAAUUGGUGGGCUCACAAGGCUUUGUGGUCUCUGACACUGCUCAUGGGGCUGAUGUUGGCAUGGAGAGGUUCUUCAACAUCACAUGCCGCUCCUCUGGGCUACAGCCCGACGUGGUGGUGCUAGUUGUCACUGUCAGAGCGCUCAAGAUGCACGGGGGUGGCCCACGGAUCAGAGCAGGGUUUCCUUUGCCCCUACAGUAUUUACAAGAGAACCUGGAACUGCUGCUGAAAGGUUGCUCUCAUCUGAAGAAACAGGUGGAUAAUGCCAUGUCAAAUGGUUUGCCAGUGGUAGUGGCUGUAAACGUCUUCAGCUCUGACACCGAAGCUGAGCUUGAACUGGUGUGUAACCAGGCAAGGCAGACUGGUGUGUUUGAUGCAGUGAAAUGCACAAACUGGUCUCAUGGGGGCGCCGGAGCACUGGCUCUGGCACAGAGUGUUCAGAAAGCAGCUGAGAUGCGAAGGCCAUUUCACUUCCUCUAUGAUCUGCAGAUGCCAGUCAUUGAUAAGAUUAAAAAAGUGGCCCAGAGCAUGUAUGGUGCUAAGGAUGUGGAGUUCUCUCCAAAAGCCAAAGAGAAGCUGGAACUUUACAUCAAACAAGGUUUUGGUAGUUUCCCAGUGUGUAUAGCCAAGACCCACCUAUCCUUGAGUAAUGAUCCAGAGUUGAAAGGGGUGCCCGUGGACUUUACGCUACCAAUUACAGACGUCAAUGCCAACGUGGGUGCCAACUUUCUCUGCCUUCUGGCAGACAUGGAAAAGGACUGCCCUGAAGAUCCUGUGUGGCCAUGGUUGAGGGACAACAACGACCUCUACAGUAACAGCCAAUAGCUGUGCUGUAUUAGGCAAGUUGGCAGGUGUUACUAAAGAUAAUUAUGCAAUAAUCAAACAGUAUGGUGAUAAAGAAUGGUUUGUCCCAUUCAGUAGAAAAAUUACUCCAGAUCCUGAGGGUUUCUGGCAACCAACCACAGUUCCAACACGGUGGGUGGAUUCUUAAUAUGGCUGGUAAAUGGAAUGGAACAUAUAUUGGAACACCUAUGACCCCUCUAUACAUACCCUACAACUGAUUCAAUGUGUAUAGGCUAAAGGAGAGAGAAAGUGUAAAUGUGUUCAUCAUGGCUGGGAAUAUAUUUCAUGUAUCUCUUUCCAUAACUGAAACAUGCAUGCGGUUUGUAUUCAGAAAGCUGCUUCAGAGCCAAUUGUCAGUAUCACACAUAAGGAAGCUCCUCUACAAACAGUCCCAUUGUUUCUCCUGAAACAUGCAUGUCAAUAACUGACUCUCUGUGUUAUCCAGCCAGUCAGUCACUAUACCAUCUGAUGCUCUGAGCAUGAAUAGUUCAUUAAUAUUGCCAUAAAGUGAGUAGAGGAGCUCAGUGGAUGUCUUACUGGGGUUAGGAUCACAAAUAAAAGGAUCACAAAUGCUAUUUUGUGUUAUUGCACAGUGUGACUGUGUUAUUAGUGAUGUGAUUCCAUGAGAUUUUUAGCAUUACAUAUUAAGUAUUUUUACUUGUGAACUUUAGCACCUAUCUUUUCUAUGCACAAGAGCUGAACUAAGCACUUUACAGAAGUUUAUUUAUACAAAACUCAUCUUCAGAUUUUUUGACUUAAGCUUACUUUCUACAAAGUCCAGUAUUCCAUCACAGUGACACUGAAAGCAAAACAUCAUUUCACAGUUAUUAUUCAUUUUUUUCUUGCAGUUUAAGAUGUGAUCUAGCAGUGUUGAAUCUGCUUCAUUUAGUCUGAAGAUGAACUAUGUGUUAUAGUUUUUAAGGUUAUAGCUUUAAAUAAGUUCAGUGAACACAAAUACACUUCUUUUCUUAUUACCAGAUAUUGAGUUUUACAUGUGAACAUGCAAAGCAGUCACGGUUGUUUGCACUGUGCUCAUUUGGAAAACUAUGACAAACUAUGACUUGCAUGAUUUUUCUUAACAUUCUAUUUUGCAUCUGGCAUUCUCCUGUAAGGUUCCACCUGAACUGGGUUUCUUAUCUCCAUUAUCUGAGCUUACAUGACAUUACCAUGUAACCCUCCAUUAAGUAACUGAGGUUGCUAUAGCUACAAAGCAAAUGGCAUGUCUGUACAAUUACAUUUGUGUACUUUUCUCCUAAUAUAAUUAAUUGGUUGUUUACAUACCAAACAUUUAGAUUAAAUACUGUAUAUUAUUUAGUGGUUUACAAAAAGAUUAAUGUUUACUUUUUUUCUAAGCAAAUAUCAUGUCUGUGUCCUCUGACAUGUUUUAAUAACUUUUGAUUAAUGUGUUAUCUGGACACUUUUGUGUUUAUUUAAUAAAGUGGCUGUUUUGUGGAGAGAA